AUGGAGGAGGAAGUUGCUGCCCUCGUUAUCGACAAUGGUUCGGGUAUGUGCAAGGCCGGUUUCGCCGGUGAUGAUGCUCCCCGAGCUGUUUUCCCGUCCAUCGUUGGUCGUCCCCGCCAUCAUGGUAUCAUGAUCGGUAUGGGUCAGAAGGACUCGUACGUCGGUGAUGAGGCACAGUCGAAGCGUGGUAUCCUAACCCUGCGAUACCCCAUCGAGCACGGUGUCGUUACCAACUGGGAUGACAUGGAGAAGAUCUGGCAUCACACUUUCUACAACGAGCUGCGUGUGGCUCCUGAGGAGCACCCCGUUCUGCUCACGGAGGCUCCCAUCAACCCCAAGUCUAACCGUGAGAAGAUGACCCAGAUUGUUUUCGAGACUUUCAACGCCCCCGCCUUCUACGUCUCCAUCCAGGCUGUCCUGUCUCUGUACGCUUCCGGUCGUACUACCGGUAUCGUGCUCGACUCCGGUGAUGGUGUUACCCACGUUGUCCCCAUCUACGAAGGUUUCGCCCUUCCCCACGCCAUUGCUCGUGUCGAUAUGGCUGGUCGUGACUUGACCGACUACCUCAUGAAGAUCCUCGCUGAGCGCGGCUACAGCUUCUCCACCACCGCCGAACGAGAAAUCGUCCGAGAUAUCAAGGAGAAGCUCUGCUACGUCGCUCUUGACUUCGAGCAGGAGAUCCAGACUGCUGCCCAGAGCUCCAGCUUGGAGAAGUCCUACGAGCUUCCCGAUGGUCAGGUCAUUACUAUUGGUAACGAACGAUUCCGUGCCCCCGAGGCUCUGUUCCAGCCUUCCGUACUGGGUCUUGAGAGCGGUGGUAUCCACGUCACUACUUUCAACUCCAUCAUGAAGUGCGAUGUCGAUGUCCGAAAGGACCUCUACGGCAACAUUGUCAUGUCUGGUGGUACUACUAUGUACCCUGGUCUCUCCGACCGUAUGCAGAAGGAGAUCACCGCCUUGGCCCCGUCAUCCAUGAAGGUCAGGAUUAUCGCUCCCCCUGAGCGAAAGUACUCCGUCUGGAUCGGUGGUUCCAUCUUGGCUUCUCUGUCCACCUUCCAGCAAAUGUGGAUCUCCAAGCAGGAGUACGACGAGAGCGGUCCUUCGAUCGUUCACCGCAAGUGCUUCUAA